AGAGAGAGAGAGAGAGAGAUGGAAAUGCAAAGCGCAAAGCUCCUGUGCAGGAGUUUUACUGCCAGCGCGCACCAUUACGCACCGACACCUCGUCCCGGAUUGGAUCGCGCAGCGUAAAGGAGAGGAGUUUUGUUUCCUCGCAUUUAAGGGAAAAAAGGAGAUAGUCCCGUAGAGCUCAGCAGAACCAUCAAUCCGCACAGGAAUGGUGGAUCACCUGCCGCUUGGCGAGGAGACCUUCCUGUAUUAUUCCUGUUCUCCAGGAUCUGACUACGGCGGCAUCACUUGCUGCACCAAAGGUGGCAUUUCGCAGGACGUCAUGGUAACUGACACCUGCACCUACCAGCAUCUUCCUUACCAAGGGCUGGCGCUCUCCUCCUCACGUUGCCUCUCCGAGGAUGACCUCAGUGACUCCUCCAGCCCUCGCUCCUCCCUUUGCUCCAGCCCAGAGUCUUCAUCACCGGUAUCACAGAACGCCCACUGCUCCAGCUAUGAAAGCAGGAGCAGCUGGAGCAGCGGGUGCUCAAAUUCAUCAGGAGGAGAGAGUCAAGAGAGCCUGUUGGACCUCCUGCUCUCACAGUCCUCCAUCACCACCUCGUUAACCUCCAGUAGUGGCAACAGUUCCAUCUCUUCUCCUCUCUGUUCUUCUGUUUGUCUCUCCUCCCCAUCCUCCUCAUCUCCCACAGCCCCCUUUGUGCCCAUGGGCCUGGCAUGGGAGUCCAAACAGCGGCUCAGUGUCCUUCCACAGCAGGUCAAAGAGGACUGUUUUGAGUUCCCAGUCUUCCUCGAUGAGCUGCAGGACCCUGAAGCACUCCUCUUUCAGCCGACUCUGGAGGAGAUUGAGGAAUUCUUGGAGGAGAACAUGGUGGUGGCAAUGGACAGAGAUGAGAAUGGGAGCGACGAGGCAAUGUCUCCUCCUCUGUCGAUGUCAGAUGAUGCUGAAGCAGAUGAUUUAAGGACACCAGCCGGAGAACUUGAAUCGGUGUCUCAGAACUCGGAUCAGACUGUGCCUGUGGUCCUUUCUUCACUUUCCUCCUGCUCAGAGACCAAACAUUCACCACAGGCUUCAGAUAUUGCUAGUUCAUCAUCAACAACAUCAACAGAGGAUGCGAGCAGUGGAACUCUUUCUGCCAGUAGUUAUAUUGAUGGGAUCAAACAGGAAGACUGUGGAUCAUUGGCAGCUUUAUCAGAAAACGCCACCAUAUCACCCAGUGUGCCUGUAAUUCUUCAAAUUCAGCCCAUUCAGGUCAAGCAAGAACCAAACCCCAGUGCCAUAUCAGACGCUGUCACCCACCAGUCCCCCAAAACCCAUUCCCAGCCAACUGAAGGCCCAUCACACAUAAAAAUAGCCCAGCUCCUGGUCAACAUCCAGGGACAAACCUUUGCUUUGGUGCCUCAGUUGCUUUCUCCUGCAACAGCUUGCUUGAACAAAGCAGGAGGUGCUGCUUCCUCCAAGUUUGUCCGGAUCGCACCAGUGCCCAUCGCGGCCAAACCCACUGGGCUCGAGGAAGGUGGUUUAGGUGGAGGAGGUUCUGCUGCGGGGGUCCUUGCUGGAGGUCAGCGGUACCAGAAGAGCACAGUGGCAGACCUCAUCAAAAUGCACAAGUGCUCUUUUCCUGGCUGCAACAAGAUGUACACGAAGAGCAGCCACCUUAAAGCACACCUGAGACGACACACGGGGGAGAAGCCCUUCGCGUGCACGUGGCCCGGCUGUGGCUGGAGGUUCUCCAGGUCUGAUGAGCUGUCCAGACACCGUCGCUCCCACUCAGGAGUGAAACCAUACCAGUGCAUCGUCUGCGAGAAGAAGUUUGCCCGCAGCGAUCACCUGUCGAAACACCUCAAAGUCCACCGCUUUCCACGAAGCAGCAGGACAGGACGCUCUGCAAACGGACCCCUCUGACCCCGCUCUGACACAGUGACGUCAAACAGUGGGGGGGAGGGGACGUGUGUGACGAAAGACAAGGGCAAGGACAUCAGGUGGAGGGGUGACAGUCCAAACACCCUUAAAAAGACUCUGUACAAGGGCUGUGUUUUGCUCGUGUGUGUUUAUGUUCAAGCGUGCGACGCACAUUUAUAGUACUGUGAUAAUUUAUUGGUUGAAGAGGAAAAGGCUGUAAAAGAAAAAGAACUAAAACAGAAAACUGUUAGUUGACACAGCAAUCUCACAGGUGGAAUAAGCUUUUUUUUUGUACUUUGCAACUUUAUUCUCAGAUAUUUUAGCCAAUCUCUUUAGAAAGAUUUUGUUAUUCAGAAUAUUUUUUUACACAUCCUGGUUUGAUAAAUCACACUUUAAAAGCUUCAUAUCAAUAAUUUUUAUAUGAAAUCUCUUGUAAAUCCUUUUUUUAAACUUUUUUGAGCCAAUCGUAAUUUAAAUGAGAUGUGAGCCAAAUUUCAUUAAUAACAGGCGUAAAUGUAUUCCCCAAAAACAGUCUUAUAGGGUAAAUGUGUACAAAGCUAGCAAGAAGGGUUAUUUAUUUAGCUUAAUUCUAAAAACACAGUUAUAAAUAUGUCAACAUUCCUUUAGCUUUGAAAAUGUCCCUUUGAGUCUUAGUUUUAAACUUGAAAAUGGUCCCCGAAGUAGCUGCCGGCUUCUGAUCCGCCGUCUUUUUGAAAAUACUGCGGUGUAUUGAGGAUAACUCCUGUGUAUCCUUGCUCAGCUAGCUAAACGGCUAACAAACGGAGAACACACGCCUCGGUAGAACAUGAACUUUGGAACACGUCUUGGCGGCUCCCGAUGAUGUGUCUCCUAGGCAACUGGGGCGGGGCCAAGACAUCAAGACGAGGUUCCUUAACAUUGAGAAACACCCCAUCUAUUGGACCAUCCAUUUUGCAUUAGCCAAACCACCACACGUCCCUGGGCCCUCCACUCAUCACACACUCACGUAUUUAGCAACAGAACACCACUGGUGUGAGAGAUUCUCCGCUCAAUAAUACCAGAGAAGGAGAAACAGCCGGCUGCUACCACUUCGGCUUUUGGACAAACUACCAGAGUCCCAAAAAGAAAAUCACCAUCACUCACAGACAACAAAAGACAUUUGGAGCUAGAAAACAGCGACCGGUGUUAAGCAAUUGAUUCCUCUGGAAAUGCGGCUUUCCAGUUUCAGCAGAAGUGUCUCGGGAAGAUACCCGAGGGGUAGUGAUAGGUAAUUUGAUUUUAUCCCAUAUUACCUUAAAGGACGACACACCCGAAGAGAGAGAGAGAGAGAGAGAGAGAGAGAGAGAGAGAGAGAGAGAGAGAGAGAGAGAGAGAGAGAGAGAGAGAGAGAGAGUAUAUUGAUUAUUUGUAAUGUCCAUGUGUGUGGCUCAACCAGGCCCCAUAUCCAUGUGUGGCUCAACCAGCCCCCACUCUGCUCCAGCCUCAAAGCUUUCUCCUCACCUGCUCUGUAUACCUGCAUUCUUCAAUUAUCUGGUAGAUAAUAUUUAACCUCCAUAACCCUGGAACCUGAAAUAAACACACAUGACAACAAGGAAGACAUUUUACACUGAAUUAGCCAAAUGAGGGGGAGAUCACCGAAAUGACACAUAACUCUCUCCAGAGCUAUCUGCUAGGCGACUCCCCCCGUCCUCAGAGUCUUCAGUGGUUUUAUUCAAGCAAAGGGUGGGGGAGAAGGCGGGCCUUCUCAAGUUACAGAGGUACAGAGUUUUCUCAAUUAACAUCCUUGCUCAACCUUUUUAUGAACAGCCAACACAGAGAUUCAUGAUGUGUAAUGGGCAUCUUUUAGGUCUCAAAAAGGUACAUUUAUAAAAAUACCCAACAGGUAGGGCGAGUGUUCAUUUAUCGUGUUUGCGUUCAAAACCUAGCUUGUUCUGUAGAUUUGCUAAAGCAGCUUUAAAGCUGAGGUUGAAAACUUUCUUGUAUGUGAGUUUGUAACAUUGCCUUGCCACAUGAUUUCUUACUUCCUGUAAAUUAAUUUACUUCUUUUUGCUGCUGCCAGUGUUUUAAAGAUUGUGAACCUGUUGUGAAGCCCAACUAGAAGCUGGAAUUGGUGUUUAUGUUGAAUUUUAAUUAGUUAAAGAGCAAGUCACCACUACCAGAUUCUUGCCCAACUUCCACUUCCUGUUUGAAAAAUGCAACAAAUGCUGUUGUCUAGCAGACCGAGAGGGGGGAGCCUCUAACAAAUACACACACACAGGCUCACAACGACAUUGUGACAUCAUAUGGUACCAGCUAACGUUCUAGGGUACCUCUUAGCCAAUAGCGAUGGCAGAUUUAAAUUCAAAUGCAGGUGCAGAGUUUUUACCUGACAACGGCACAACACUGACAGUUUUAGGCAGAAAAUAAUUUUAACUAAAAUGCACUAAAGUGCAAAACUAUUGACUACACGUGUCUGCAGCACGAUUAGACACGGAUUUAUAUAGUUUACCAGAAAAAAAGUUGAUUUGGGGGUGACUUGCUCUUUAAAUGUCACAAAUGAGUGGAAGUUUCUGCUGAAAUUUCAAAAAUAAAUCAUCCCAGCUUGUCAAAACGAAUGCACUAAUGUGAGUAACUGAAAAGGAAAGGCUUCUGGAGAAAAAUAAGUGAAAGUUGUUAAUGCAAAUUUAUAAGAGGACUGUGUCCACUUGUUAAAAGGUAGAUAAAGCUGCCUUAUUUAGAAAUUUAAUUAAAAAUCUGUCAAAAAAAACCUCAAAUACAAUUCAGAAUGAUGAUUUUUUUGUUUUUAGCUGAAUCUUUCUUGUUACGUCAGAAAACGUUUAAAAUACAACCAAAAAUUGCUAUCAUCUGUCCUCAAUUUUGAAUGCAUCACAACUGCCUUUGUCUUGUGCUGCAAGGGAAAAUUGACAUUGAAGCUUUUUGCCACCUCACGUUCACCUUUUGGGUCAUUUUUUAUCACUCAACCAGCUCAGUGGCCUAGUGGUAGAGUGUCCCCCCGAGACUGGGAGAUCAGGGUUUGAUUCCUGGUCGGGUCGUACCAAAGACCUUGAAAAAAUGGGACCCAUUGCCUCCCUGCUUGACACUCAGCAUUAAGGGGUUGGAUUGGGGGGUCAAAAAACCAAAUACAGCUCACCGCUCCCCCAGGGGAUGGGUCAAAUGCGGAGAACAAAUUUCGCACACACAUAAGUGUGUGUGACAACUGAUGGGACUUUAACUUUAACUCUGUAUCUUCAGAUAAAAUUCAGCCAAAUGAGUCAUGGGAGAGACAGCAGCUGCUGCACAGCCGAGACGUAGUUCUGAGACAAACGUCUGUUUAUGUGCCAUAAAUGAAAGAUUGUUGUGAACAUUCACGUGACAUUUUUAUGGAAAUGUUUAUUUUCUCUGUGAUUUUUCUUUUUAAAAGCCAUUCUGAGUAUUAAGGAAGUCACCCUGGAUGCUGUAUGAAGAGAUUGUACUUUUUCAGGCAUUCCUUCCACGCAAACAGAAGACAAACUUUUCUGAAUGUGUAUCAUAUGUGAGCCCAGGAAUGUAUGUAAAUAUUGUACAUGCAUCAUAAAGGAGAAAUGAAUUAUUCUUAUAGAGAAAUCUGUGAUUGUGAAAGACUUUUGAAAUUGUAAAGAAAGUGUACAUAGCAAAGUAUUUCACCUGUAAAAUAUGGAAAAAAUGAAUGUUUACAGAACACUUGAAUGCUACUAAAAUGUUUCAUAAUACAUAACCUUACAAAACGAUGCACUACAAAUUCAUUUAUGCAACAGGCUAAACACAUUUUGACACGUGGAAACCAUAAACCAGCAGAAUGUAUACUGAAACAUUUUAAAACUGUGGCCUGUAAACACUUCACAAAUAAGAAUUUGCUGAAAUUCUUAUAUUUUUGCUUUGUUCUACUAUGUAAAACACAUUUACAAUAAAAUCAUGAAAUUUAA